UUGGUAGUGCCGAAACAAGAAUAACAACAACAACAACAAAAAAUUAACAAAAAUAACAUGAUGGCAUUGGGAAAAGUAUUUGGAAUAUUGUGUGGAAUUGCGUUGGUGUCAGCGUUGCCAGCCGAAGAAAGUCGCGGCCAAUCACGAAAUGCUGUUGGUGCUGAUAGUGAUUUAAUGGAGAGUAUUUAUAGCGAUUGUCUGCGCAAAGAUUCAGUGUCAUGUGUAAAAUAUAAGCUAUUCUCAUUUGUGGAUAAAAUGCUCGAUCAAAGAGACACAUUUGCACUGACCGAAGGUGUAACUGUGAUUAAAACCGACAAACCCGAUGGUGGUGCACCACGUGCACUAACUGGUGACGAAUCAAUUGAAUCGUUAAUCUUUAGCCGUGUACAGAAUUUCUUGCAAUCGCAUACCGUAAAAGUUGAAUUGAAAGGUGCCGAUGUUGUGAAUGCCGUCUCAUCAACUGGCCGAGCACUUGAAGAUGUAUCCGAUAAUAUAUUUGGCAGUGAAGAUAGCAUCAAUGAAGUGAACGAAGCUCGUGGCAAAAAGAAGAAGGCAGCCAAAAUUCUUGGUCCACUUCUAUUGGCGUUGGGUCUCAAAGCGGCCGCAUUGUUGCCACUGGUUUUGGGUGCAAUUGCAUUGAUUGCGGGCAAAGCAUUGUUGGUCGGUAAAAUUGCAUUGGUAUUGUCGGCUAUUAUUGGUUUGAAGAAAUUAUUGUCACAAGAGAAACACGUGACCUAUGAGGUUGUUGCACAUCCACAUCAUUCAUCGAGCCAUUCGGCGAGUCAUGGUGAAGCCUAUUCGGUUGGAGCAUCGAACCUUGAUGUUAGCGGCUAUGCAGCCGCCGGCGGUACCGGACAUGGUGGAUGGGGACGAAGCGUUGACGCACAGGAUUUGGCAUACCGAGGACAAAAAACUGAGUAAAUUGUUUAACAUUUAAAUUCUUCCCCCAAAACACGAGAUUCAUUUACAUACAGAGAUUCAAUAUAUGAAAUACUAUGACUCAUUACAUACACACAUACAAAAAUACACUCACAUUCAUGCGGAGCUGAAUCACACACUCAGAAAUAGAUACACCGACAGGUUAAGUAAACAGCACCGAUAAGUUUUGUUAAGGAGCUUAUAACAUAUAAAGUUAAAAAAAAAAUGAGAAAAAAAUCAUCAGGGUUCUUUUUUGUAGAAAAAAAAAACAAUCAUUGUCGAUGCGAUGAUGCAAAGGAUCCUUAUUUACCUUAGUUCAUAAUAGAUUUUUAAUUGAUGCGGAAAUAGAAAACAUUGAAAACAAAGCACACACACAUACAUACAUACUACUUAAUAUCCAAUUGGAAAAAGCUAAGGAAGUUUUUGUUUGUUUUAUUAGAUAUUGUUAUGCAAUUAGUACCGAAAUAAUACUCGAAUUUUCUUAUGUUAAAGGCUUAGUUUAUCUUAAAAACCGAAUAAUCUCUGCUUUGUCUCCUCAAAUUUUUCGUUUUUAAAAUCGAUUUUGUUGUUAAUGUUGAAGUUUUCAAUAUUUUUUAUGAUUUCUGUUCAAUUAAUUUAUC